AUGAUCCUCAGACCUCUCUUCAACCAACACCACCGCCGUGUCUUCUCCUCCCUCCAUCGUCUCCUCACCAACGAAUCAAUAGUCCAACAACACCAACCUCCGCCGCCGUCGCUGCAACCAACGCCAGUUAACUCAGAUCACCUAAUUCGAGUCUGCACGAUCCUCUUUCAACAACAAACCUUUCCAGACUCCAAGCUCCAAUCCAAGCUCUCUACCUGCGACUUCCAGCUUACCCACGAGUUCUUCCUCCAAGUGUGCAACAGAUUCCCUUUCUCCUGGCGUCCAGUCCACCGCUUCUUUCAGUACAUUCAGCAAACACCUUCCCUACAUAACAAUUUCGCCCACACCUCCGUCUCCUUCAAUAAGAUGCUCGAUGUCUACGGCAAGGCGAGAAACAUGGAUCUGCUCUGGGAAACGGUUCAGCAGGCAGGCCAAUUGGGGUUGGUGAGCGACAGAACGUUCGUGAUUGUUCUCAGAACUCUGGCCUCCGCGAGGGAGCUGAAGAAGUGUGUGCAGUUUUUCCACCUGAUGAAUGAUUCAGGGGUUGAAUACAGCUUGCGGAGGUUGAACAAGGUCGUGGAGGCUCUGUGUCGAGAUGGGCUCAUGGAGGAGGCCAAGUACGUGACUUUGAAGCUUAAGGACACCAUUCCCCCAGAUGGUUUCACUUACGGGUGCAUGAUUAAAGGAUUCUGCGACAUCGGCGACAUGAUUGAAGCGUCAAAGGUCUGGAAUUUAAUGGUGGAGGAUGGGUUCGAUCCAGAGAUCCAAGUGUUCGAGAAAAUGAUAGAGACAUUCUUCAAAAAGAACGAGGACACUGAAGCCGUGAAAGUGUUCCAAACCCUACGAGUUAACAGGAUGGAAGAACUAGGACUCUCGACUUACAACCUCGUCAUUUCAUGGUUCAGCAAGAAGGGCAAGCUCAGCCAAGCACAACAACUGUUCGACGAAAUGCGGCAGAGAGGAAUUCAACCCGAUUGCGCAACGUUGGGAUCCCUUCUCUUCGUGCUGUCAUCAAGAGGCCGAGUGAACGAGGCCCAGAGAGUGCUGCAACAGAUCGAGAAACCGAACAUAGCCAUCUACCACGAACUGAUCAAAGGGCUGUUGAGCUCGAAAAGACCCAGAGAAGCAACAGAAGUCUUCAGGGAGAUGAUAAACAGAGGCUGCGAGCCCAUAAUGCAUACGUACGUGAUGCUGCUGCAAGGCCACUUGGGGAAGAGAGGGCGGAAGGGUCCCGACUCCACUGUGAACUUCGACACCAUUUUCGUUGGCGGGUUGGUGAAAGCUGGGAAGACGCUGGAAGCUACCAAGUAUGUUGAGAGGGCACUGAAUGGCGGGAUGGAAGUUCCGAGGUUUGAUUACAACAAGUUUCUCCACUACUUCUCCAACGAGGAAGGAGUUGUUCUGUUCUUGGAGACGGCGAAGAAGUUGAGGGAGGUUGGAUUGGUUGAUUUGGCUGAUGUGCUUGGGAGAUAUGGGGAGAAAAUGGCCACUAGAGAUAGGCGAAGGAACAGAGAGGGUUAA